GAAGCCAACCAUUAUGCUAUUGUUAUUGUUAUGAAACUUCUCUAUAUGUAUACACACAGGGAGAGACCUCUUUGAGUACACAAUAAAGUUGGGAGAGAAGAAGAAAUUAGUUAAAGAUGGUUUCACAGGUAGUUGAGCUGUUGAAGAAUGAGAUCCCUCUGGAUCAGGAGGCCUUCGUUUUGCCUCAGGAUUCUGUGAAUGGCCUUGUUCUUGUGGACAUCAUCAAUGGCUUCUGCACGGUUGGUGCUGGAAAUCUGGCUCCAACAGAACCCAAUAUGCAGAUUUCAGGGAUGAUUGAGGAAUCAGCAAGGCUGGCCAGAUUGUUCUGUGAGAAGAAACUGCCAAUUAUGGCGUUUCUGGAUUCUCACCACCCAAACAAGCCAGAAGAUCCUUACCCUCCUCACUGUCUUAUUGGGUCUGAUGAAUCAAAUCUGGUUCCAGAAUUAAGAUGGCUGGAAGGUGAACCAAACGUGACAAUCAGGCGUAAAGACUGUUUUGAUGGAUAUAUGGGCUCAAUGGAAGAAGAUGGCUCUAAUGCUUUUGCAGACUGGGUGAAGAACAACAACAUCAAAACUUUGGUGGUUGUGGGAGUGUGCACAGAUAUAUGUGUUCUGGACUUUGUGUGUUCCACAAUGUCAGCUAAGAAUAGGGGAUUUCUGAAGCCAUUGGAGAAAGUAGUGGUAUACUCAAAUGGGUGUGCCACCUUUAAUUUUCCUCUUGAUGUUGCCAGAAACAUGAAAGGAGCUUUAGCUCAUCCUCAGGAGUUUAUGCAUCAUGUAGGUCUAUAUAUGGCAAAAGAAAGAGGAGCCAAAAUAGCCAACCAAGUGUCUUUUGGUGAGGGGAAGCCAUGAGGCAAUUGAACAAACAUAUGUACUUUCUAUUGCCCUUUAUUUGAAGUGUGAUGAAUUAGGAUGUGUAUAAAGAUGUUGUAAUAAAAUAAAAAUGAUCAUUAGAAAAAAAUCUUGAGUUUUAAUUAUAUUA